AUGACAAACACUCACUCCGUUGAUUCAUUAAGAGAAUUAAAUGCUAAACUCUUAGCUGAAAUUGUAGAGCUUAGAAAGGAGAAUGCUGAGAUUCCUGAUCUUAAAAGGAAGUUAGCCGAGUUUGAAUCAGAGAAAGUUGAGCUUAAGGCCAGGCUUGCCGAAGCCCUAAGUCAGGCUGUGGAAGAGAGUAAGAGACGUGAUGCUGAGAUUGCCGAACUCAAGACUAGAAUUGAGGAGUUGGAGAAAUGUAAGGUAGAUUCUUCAGCCGAGAAUGUUAGACGCGAUGUUGAGUUUGCUAAGCUAAAGGCCGAAGUAGUGAAACUAGCCGAAGGCGCUCAGGCAAGGGAUGGCAAUGAGGAGAGCAAACAGCCAGCCCAAGAUAUUUCUUCCGAAGUAAUUGUCAAUGUACCUAGCACUAUUAUAGAUCAGUGUAAUAAGGGGUUCCAAAGGGACCAGGUCACUUUUCCGCCAUCUUGUUCAUCAGAUAGUACAGAAAUCAUCCUGCCUUCUACUUCACUAAUGUCGCUAGAAGAAUCAAUUUCUGGAGAGCGGGGUUGCGUGGUGAUCACACCAGAUAAUUCAUCUGAAGUCUCUGAAUUUUCGGAUUCAAAAACUGUGGAAAUACUUCAGGACCAACAACAGAACAAAGAAGUUCGAUCACAUAAAAAGAAAGAAGUGGAAAAUAUCGUGCAAGAUGUAUUUGAUUUCAUCGUGGAUGAAUCUGAUAAAAAUCACAUGACAAAAUUUUCGAUUACGGGCCGUGAGGAAAAUUCAGUUGCAUUGAAUAAUAUAGCCCGCUUAUACGAAGAUGCAU